AUGAUUUCAGAAAGGUUCGAAAUACGACAUAAAGGAUGGAUAAUGAAGAGCAAACUCACCCACGUUAAUGACAAGGAGAAGAAAUUACUGCUUAUGAGAUGCUCUGACUAUGUCAGAAAAUAUUUACACCUGAAACAAACUGUAAUACUGGCUGUAUCAUGUAUCGCAUAUUUUAAUGAUAAAGCUUUUACUGUUUUCAGCGAACAAAUGAAGACUUUAAGCAAUAAUUCAAUUUAG